GCUGAUUAUUCUCCAUUUCUCCAUCCAUUUGUGCGGUACUAGGUGAAAAAUUUCUUACGAAUUUUCGGCGUAUUGAAUAUUAUUAUUCAUUUGAUUUAAUUUUAAACUAUUGUUUUCGCAAACUUUUUAAAGGAAUUAAGCAAAAAAUGGCUGAGCCAAUUCGUGUUGUUGUCACUGGUGCUGCCGGUCAGAUCGCAUACUCUCUGCUUUAUAUGAUUGCACGCGGUGAGGUGUUCGGCAAGGAACAACCUUUAGUUUUGCAUUUACUCGAUAUUCCCCCAAUGAUGGGAGUACUUGAGGGUGUUGUCAUGGAGUUGGCCGAUUGUGCUCUGCCACUCUUGCGUCAAGUUAUCCCCACCGCCGAUCCCGCUGUAGCAUUUAAGGAUGUAGCCGCUGCCUUUUUGGUCGGCGCCAUGCCACGCAAAGAGGGUAUGGAACGUAAGGAUCUGUUGUCCGCCAAUGUAAAAAUCUUCAAGGCACAAGGUCAAGCUAUCGACCAGCACGCACGCAAGGAUAUUAAGGUCCUGGUUGUUGGCAAUCCAGCCAAUACCAACGCAUUGGUAUGCUCACACUAUGCACCAUCAAUUCCACGUGAGAAUUUCACAGCCAUGACCCGUUUGGAUCAAAAUCGUGCUACCGCACAAAUCGCUGCUAAAUUAAGCGUACCAAUUAGUGCCGUUAAAAAUGUGGUUAUCUGGGGUAAUCACUCGUCUACACAAUUCCCUGACCCCAGCAAUGGUAUUGUUGAAAUUAACGGCAGCACCAAGCGCGUCUGGGAUGCUGUCAACGAUGCUGCCUUUUUGCAAGGCAACUUUGUAGAAACCGUGCAGAAGCGUGGUGCUGCUGUUAUUGCUGCACGAAAAAUGUCAUCGGCCAUGUCGGCGGCUAAAGCGGCAUGCGAUCACAUGCACGAUUGGUGGCAUGGAACCACAUCUGGUCAGUUCGUGUCGAUGGGUGUGCUUUCGGAUGGUAGCUACGGUGCCCCCAAGGAUGUUGUUUUCUCAUUCCCAGUAGAAAUCAGCAAUGGUAAAUGGAAGAUUGUACAAGGUUUGCAAUUGGAUGACUUUGCCAAAUCGAAGUUGGCUGUCACCGGCAAGGAACUGGAGGAAGAGAAAGGAGAAGCUAUGGCCGUCUGUUCUGCAGAUUGACUAGUUACAACGGAUGCUAAGUUGUAAAAGCGCAAGCUGCAUGUGCAAUUAUAAAUUAUUUUAUACACACAUAACAGUAGCCCAGCGCUCACACUUACACAAAAUAUAAAACAUGUAAUGAGUAAAAAAAAAA